GAACCCGCAUGGCUGGUAAUAAUAGGGCUUUCCUGGAAGGGGUGUGUGCGUGCGUGUGUGCGAAUGUGAGUGCAUGUCCUUAGCAGCGCGUGUGCCUGGGGGGAGUAAGUGUGUGGGGGCGGCUGCUAGGUGAGGGGGAACUGCAGGGCCUCAGUUGCCAAGUGGCUGGUAGUAUCUGUCAGCUGUUUGCACACUGUUAACCCAAAGGCGAUCUAUUACAAGUGCUCAAAUGAAGCGGCAGCUUCCAGGGAGCUGCAAUUACAUAAGCAUAUAUUUUUAAUAUAAUAAUAAUUAAAAAACAAGUAGCAGCAGCGGUAUGCCUGGAUCAGCUACAGCUAUCCGACAAGAGAGACUGAAGAAGACCCAUGCAAGGCCAAUUCCCCUUGGUUUAUUCACCAUUAAUGAGGAAGAUGAACAGCCAAAGAAUGGAGAUUCCAGAACACCAAAAGCGUCUGAUGGCUGUAAAGUGCAAGAUAAGAAAACUGCCUCCAGCCGCCCUUCUGCUACAGUUUCAGGACAAAAUAGCAGCCACUCAGGAAAUAAGCCAGACCCUCCACCUGUGCUACGAGUUGAUGACCGGCAGCGGCUGGCCCGGGAGCGACGUGAGGAACGGGACAAGCAGCUAGCUGCACGAGAAAUCGCCUGGCUAGAAAAAGAAGAGCGAGCCAGGCUGCACUAUGAGAAGCACCUGGAAGAGCGGAAGAAGAGGCUGGAGGAGCAGCGGCUGAAAGAGGAGCGGAGGAGGGCUGCCGUGGAGGAGAAGCGAAGGCAGAGGCUAGAGGAGGACAAGGAACGCCUAGAAGCCGUUAUCCGACGUACAAUGGAAAGGAGCCAGAAACCCAGACAGAAGUACAACCGAUGGUCCUGGGGAGGCCCUCUCCGUGGGAGCCCCAGCAUCCACAGCUCAGAUCCAGACAGGCGUUCAGUUUCCACCAUGAAUCUUUCGAAACAUGUUGAUCCUGUCAUUAGCAAGCGGCUCUCCUCCUCAUCUGCAACUUUGCUAAAUUCUCCAGAUAGAGCUCGCCGCCUGCAGCUCAGCCCCUGGGAGAGCAACGUUGUUAACAGACUCCUGACGCCCACGCAUUCGUUCCUGGCCAGAAGUAAAAGCACGGCUGCUUUGUCUGGAGACACAGCAUCUUGCAGCCCCAUCAUCAUGCCCUACAAAGCUGCACACUCUAGAAAUCCAGUGGAUCGACCAAAACUCUUUGUCACACCACCCGAGGGCUCUGCGCGCAGGAGGACUGUUCAUGGCACCAUGGUGAGUAGCAGCCAGGAGCAGCCCGGCAAGCCUGGGACAGCGUGGACACUGCCCGAGGGCCAUAAAAGAGACAGAGAAAAUGUACCCUUCCACCUCAUGUCUGGUGUCCGAAGGGCUCUAUCUCCAGCUAAUCCCAAAGCGAGAUCGCCAGCUUCCUCCCGACUCUGGCUCCCAUCCAAGUCCUUCCCGCACUUGCCCGGCACACCCCGACCGGCGUCUUCCUUACCUCCUGGCUCAGUCAAAGCUGCCGCAGCCCAGGCCCGGCCCCCAUCCCCUGGCAACAUCCGCCCCGGUAAGAAAGAAGCCGGAGUGGAACCCGAGAAGAAAGAGCCGGAGAAGGAGCGUCAGAGCGUUGCCAGCGAGCCCUCUCUGAGGGGCAGAGCACCGCUAGUGAAGGUAGCGGAAGCUGAAGUGGAAGAGGCGCCGCCUGUGGAGCCCGCAGCCGACCCAGCUACUCCAGCGCAGGCUCCGACUCCAGCCCCAGCCUCAGCUCCAGCUGCAGCCUCUGUCGCUGCCACACCACCCCCUGUGACUGCCGGUGCUGCUCCCAAAGCCUCUGCAGGCACCACGGACCCAGAAGAGGCCACGCGGCUGCUGGCUGAGAAGAGGAGGCUGGCCCGAGAGCAGAGAGAGAAGGAGGAAAGAGAGAGGAGGGAGAAGGAAGAGCUGGAAAGACAGAAGAAAGAGGAAUUGGCUCAAAGGGUGGCGGAAGAGCGAGCCCGCCGCGAGGAGGAGGCUCGCAGGCUGGAGGCCGAGCAAGCCCAGGAGAAGGAGGAGCAGCUGCUCCUGGAGCGGGAGCGCGCAGAGAUGGAGCGCGCCCAGAAGCAGGAGGAAGAAGCCCGGGUUCGUGAGGAAGCAGAGAGGGUCCGGCAGGAACGAGAGAGACACUUCCAGAGAGAAGAGCAGGAGCGUCUGGAGAGGAAGAAGCGUCUUGAGGAGAUUAUGAAGAGAACCAGGAGGACAGAAACUGCAGAGAAGAAAACCGUUGACCAGAGAAAUGGUGACAUAGCCAAGGGAGCUCCCGCUAGAGCAACAGAGACAGCUCUACUUCCGUGUAUGACAGACUUGCCCGGAAGUGGGGAUCCAGGCACUAGCCCACAUGUGGUCACUUCACACCAACCCAAAGUGACCGUUGAGAGUGCUCCUAAUUUGGAAAAACCACCAAAUGAAAACGGAGUAUCUGUGGAGAAUGAAACUUUUGAAGAGAGUAUAACCUUACCCAUUGGAUCUAAGCCAUCAAGAUUAGAUGUCAUCAAUAGUGAGAACCCAGAAAUUCCUUUGACUCCAAUUUUGGCCUUCGAUGAAGAAGGGACACUUGGGCCUCUGCCUCAGGUAGACGGUGUUCAAACACAACAGACCACAGAAGUUAUAUGAGCAUUUCUUCUGAUUCACCAAAGCAGAAAUUGAGUAAGAGUUUCUACGAUUAAUGGAAUUCCUUUCAUGCCACAAAGGAGCAUUCCCUGCUCCAGUUUUCUAAAGAUUGCUUGACCAUCAUUUUGAAAAGACUUUAUUAAAACCAGCUAAUGACAAUAGACUGGAUAGCUUUUCUAAUAAUUUCGCCAACAGAAAGAAAUAAAUGCUCCUUAUUCUUCAGUACUUUAAAAUGGCUUUUUCUAGUGUGUUCCUUCUUAGCAACUUGAUAUUUUUCUGCAUUCUUUAAAAGACGAACAUUUGACUCUAAAAGAAACGGGCUGACUGAGCAUGAUUUUUCAGAGCUGUUUUGUUCUUAGAAGCCUAACAUAAAAAAUUGGCAAAAAAAAAUUACCUUUUACAAUGUAAUACUUGAAAAAUAAGUACCUCUUUUCUCUACAAAUAGAGUGAAUAGAGGAGGUAUUUAAAUUAAACCUGUUUGUUUAAAUACUGUUGCGAAAAGCUCUAUUUGUAGAGGCAAAUUAAAGGCAGGCUACCAGGUUCUUGUAAAUGCAACUUGUACAUGGACAUUCUGCGGACCCAGCUGUCAUACUCCUCUUGCAGCUUAUUUUACGAAAGCUAACAACUUUUAAAAUGUGAAAAAAAAAUACUUAUUUUUUCAAAGCAAGAACAUAAUUUACUCUCCUCUCAAAUCAUGUAUUUAUAAAGUUUCUCCAAACAAAUUAAAUAAAUUAGAACUAUGCAUGGACCCUGCAGAUUUGCUUUACGAGAUGCAAUUCCUUCUGACGUCACUGUGAGAGAAUGUUACUGGUGGUUCAGGGCUACUUCUGACCUUCGUAUGUUGCUGCUGUCCCGAAUGAUGGCUGGGACUUGUCUUUGCCUUACCUGAUCACAAAUUAUGGGGGGAGGGGGGGUAGAGGGUUUCGUGUUUCUUUAAAUCAAAAAAGAAUUUGGUUUUGCUCGUUUCAGAGCAAUGAAUGGGACGUUGACUGGCAAUGGGACGAGGGGCUCCACGGGCAUCCUCACGCCGCAGGGCAGCCAUCACUUUUCACUUUUCGUCGUUAUUCUUCACUUUUGCUGCUGAG